AUGGCAGCGACGUUCGCUAGCACAGUCCUUGGCCAGCCCACUAUCGCGGCCAUGGUCUUUGAGCUGCAGUUUGGCAUGUAUGAAGACGUGCGUUCGGCCUUCCGCGCCUGCGACGAGCUCGUCGAGUUCAACAAUACUGGCGCCCAGUACAAGUUUGACGUGAUGUUUGCCAAGACAUUCACAUCCAGCGACACCGCGUGGGAGCGUCCCGGGCCUUUCCACGGCCACUUGUACGGUCUACACUGCCGCCAGCGCGACCACCGGCUGCCUCUGCACAUGGCCAUCGCUGCCGGCUCGAUGCACCUCACGAAGCGCAUGCUCGGGUGCCGGCCCGACCUUGCUUCGAACGACGCGAUCCUCGUGGCCUUGUCCAAGAACCGGCUCGAGAUUGCCGAAUGGUUGCUGGACCACCGAGCGAUGCAACCCAAGCUCUAUCAACGCACCGACCUCAACGAACAUGACCACCGAUUGCGAUGUGUCUACAAUGCCCUGGACAGCAUUUUGCCCGUCGUCCUCACACGCGACGACACGAAGGGCCUCGAGCUGCUGCAGCGCUUUGGUCCGUGCCCUGACGGAAUGGAUCACGGGGCUCUCCGACGCGCCGCGUACAUCGCCACGCGCGAGAACUUGACGCUCGCACUGGACGUCUUUCCGUGGUUCCACGACCCGCAUCUUAUGGACGACAUUGCGGGUCGAGGUUUCUUGUCGCUCGUCCAGUCGCUGCACGAACGCCACUUUGAGUGCUCGACGUACGCCAUGGACAACGCUGCUGCGAGCGGUCAUUUGGAGGUUGUCCGCUUUCUUCAAGUCCAUCGGACGGAAGGCUGCACGGCCAGCGCGCUCAACAGCGCGAUUUGCCACGGGCAACUCGACGUUGUCCGCUUCCUUCUCAAGCACCGCACGGAAGUCGCAUCGCCCUACAGUCUUGAGAGUGCCGCCGGUCGCGGUCACUUGGACGUUGUGCAGUACCUCCACAGUCUCGGGACCUUUGCCUGUACGGCGUUGGCCAUCGAGGACGCGGCGGAAGCGGGCCAUUUGGAGGUCGUCAAGUUUCUUUUGGCCCACCGAAAUGAAGGCUGCCGCCGCGACCGCGUCGUGGCCAAGGCUCUCGAGGGCGGGAGUCUGCGCGUGGCAGAGUACCUUAUGUCACUUGGGUACCCGCUUGUGACGUCUGGUAUCCUCUGGAGCGAGGGUUGCGACGUCUUUCGCAAGCCCGACAUGGUUGGCGUCCUUCGGCUCCUCGUCGCCCACGGCGAGCCCUGGGACGAGUUCUGGCUGCUGGAAGCGUGCGAUUGCAACAACGUGGCGCUUGUCCAGUUUAUUCACGCGAACUCGGACGCGAUGUGCCACCCGGAAAAUUUGGCGCGAGCUAUUGAGAACGAGGCGUGGGCCAUUGUGGACUAUCUUUUGGCCCACUGCACGGUCGACAUCUCGGACGAGUCGCUGCAGGCAGCGCUACGCGGCGGUCGCGUGGACCUUGCAACGCGGCUACUGGAGCGCCAGCCCGAGCUCGGACGCAACGGCUCGUUGCUUUUGAACGCGCUGAAAGGCCAGCACGUGGAGGUGAUGCGGUACCUCCUCGCUGCUGGCAUUGGCAACCCGGCUGAGUGCCUCGUCGACGUUGUGGGUCGUCGAAACUAUGUGACGGCGAGCAAGCUCUUGCUGCCGUACUGCAUGGACCCGACGAACCCUCUUCAAAAUAUGAUCUUCCUCUUGCGCGUGAUUGCGCUGCCCGACCGCCGCCGCAAGACGACGCUCCAGGUGAUCGCGCCCGAGCUCACGUACCAAGGGAAGGUGCUGAGUUUGAGCGUUCAGCUCGCACCGAGCGUGGCCCUGCGUGCGACAACACUCUUUGAGGCGGACGAGGUUGUCGACUGGGCGUUGGCGCUCGUCGUCGGUCAUCUCUGGGGGACGGACGAGACGGUCUCCACCGAAGACCUGACGAAAUGGACGGCUAUGGUUGAAAACACGGAGCUCAAGUCGCAGCUCACGCGUCUCCUCGCUGGCAAGCGCAAACUCUCGAGCGAAGACCAAGGUUAG